AUCUCUCGCGAGAUCUGGCAAACACCGCUCUUGUUUUGUUUCCAGACAGCUCGAUCCAUCAUGGCGAUGCACGCGAAGGCGACGCCGCCACAGAUCCCGGACACCCGCCGGGAACUCGCCGAACUGGUGAAGAGGAAACAAGAACUAGCAGAAACACUGGUGAACUUGGAAAGACAAAUAUAUGCAUUUGAAGGCAGCUACCUAGAAGAUACCCAGAUGUAUGGCAACAUCAUCAGAGGAUGGGACAGAUACCUCACCAACCAAAAAAACUCCAACAGUAAGACUGACAGAAGAAAUAGGAAAUUCAAGGAAGCAGAGCGUUUAUUCAGCAAGUCGUCCGUCACAUCCGUUGCAGCAGUCUGUGCACUCGGUGGGAUCCCAGAUCACAUGAAUGAAAAACGUGAGGCAGGCAGCGGCACAGAAAGCGACGCUUCUCCGGACCUCCAGAACCAAGAGAACGAGCCGAGCCAGGAGGACACGGAAGAUGUGGACUCGACAUUGCAGGACCUAAAGCCCCAGAAAGCUGCCUCGUCUUCAUCCUCAGGCAGCCACCACGGGAGUCACAAGAAGAGGAAGAACAAAAACAGACACAGUCCUUCUGCCAUGUUUGAUUAUGACUUUGAAUUUGACAUGAAGGUGAACAAGAAACCACGAGCUGAUUACUCGACCUAACAAAGACGAGUGGAGUAACUGGACACACAUGAGGAUACUUGCAGACAAACGCAAGAUUUCUGGACUUUGUGAACUUUUUAUGUUUUUGUUUUUUUUUAAAUUCUCAGUUGUCAUAUUUCAGCCUGUACUGUGUGUAUUGCUUGAAACAACCCCCCCCCCCUUCACUCCCCCCUACCUUCAGGUCAUGGUAAUGAUUCUUGACCUGUUACCAUUAAGUAGAAAUACGGUGUCGCAUGUUACUUGAGGCCUGAUAUGUGGCCCACCUUCAGUAACACACCAGCUUGUAUAGUGUUAAAAAAAAUGUAUUUAUUAAGUAGUUGAUUCCCAUGUUUCACGUUGUAAGAAAGUCAUGUUUUUUUUUUGUUAAACUUCACACAACCCAUCGAAUACCCUGGUGUUCUUUUAUUACAUGGUUUGUUUUUCAAGAAAAUAAAAAAAUGCCGGUAACAUGAA